AUGCGACUCUCGGAAAAGGACGACUGGCUCCGGAAAGUGAGCAACAAUCACGAAUACAAUUUCUGCCACAACGAUCUUUCCCAGUCGAACAUUCUUGUUGACCCUGAAACACUGAAGAUCCGGGCGAUUAUCGACUGGGAAUAUGCAGGCUUCUUCCCCAAAUCCUUUGAGGGGCUUUUCUACAAAAGAAUGGGUCCCUCGGUAGCCUUUAAUGGGGAGCCUGAUGAUGCUGCUGAAUUGCUGCAAUCCAUGAAAGCUACCUAA